CAAAGAUGUCAGCCUCUUAUUCCGUCGGAAUCUCUCUCUCCUUCUUUCUUUGGGCUCUGCUAAUCUCACCGUCCGUCUCACAAACAUGCAAGUCACAGACAUUCUCCGGCGACAAAACCUACCCUCACUGCCUCGACCUCCCUCAACUCAAAGCCUUCCUCCACUUCUCCUACGACAAACCAAACACAACCCUCGCCGUCGUCUUCUCCGCUCCGCCGUCGAAGCCCGGCGGAUGGGUCGCUUGGGCGAUUAAUCCACAAGCCACCGGUAUGGCCGGAGCUCAAACCUUAGUCGCGUACAAGGACCCGGCUAAAGGCGUCGCCGUGGUGAAGACGCUAAACAUCAGCUCUUAUUCCGUGCUUACUCCGUCGAAGCUAGCGUUCGACGUUUGGGACAUGAAAGCAGAGGAAGCGUCUGGAGGAGGGACGUUGAGAAUCUUCGCGAGGAUUAAAGUUCCGGCGGAUUUAGCGGCGAAGGGGAAGGUGAAUCAGGUCUGGCAAGUCGGUCCAGGAGUGAGUCCUGAGGGGAUGAUAGGGAAGCAUGCUUUCGACACGGCGAAUCUUGAGUCUAAAGGGGCUCUUGAUUUAAACGGCGGUAACAACGGCGGCGGCGGUGGAGGUGAGGGAGGUUCUAGGGUCCAGAAGAGAAAUAUUCAUGGGAUAUUAAAUGCCGUGAGUUGGGGUGUUCUGUUUCCGGUCGGAGCUAUAAUAGCUAGGUACAUGAGGAUAUUUGAAUCCGCAGAUCCCGCCUGGUUUUACCUCCACGUGUCUUGUCAGUUCUCUGCUUACGUCAUUGGCGUUGCCGGUUGGGCCACUGGACUCAAGCUGGGCCGCGAGUCCGUAGGUAUUCGCUUUGCCAGCCACGGUAACAUCGGCAUCGCCCUCUUCUCUCUUGCCACCCUUCAGAUGUUUGCGAUGUUGCUGAGGCCAAAGAAAGACCACAAGUACAGAUUCUAUUGGAAUAUCUACCACCAUGGAGUCGGCUAUUCCAUCCUCAUCCUCGGGAUCAUUAAUGUAUUCAAAGGUCUCAGCAUCUUGAACCCACAAGACACGUACAAGACUGCUUACAUUGCAGUGAUCUCAAGCCUUGGAGGCAUAGCUUUGCUCUUGGAAGCCGUCACUUGGGUCAUUGUGCUCAAGAGAAAAUCAAACAGCUAAAUGAAGCCGUCACUUUGCUUUACUAUGAUAUGAUCAUUCAAGUUCUUAAUGUAUUGAAAAAACACAUGUAUGAUUAGUGUCUUGUAGGAGAUUUGUUUUUGGAGUGAUUAUUAUUCUAUUUUGAAUAUAUGAACAUUUCGAUCAAAAUAUUUUUUUCUACUUAUUCCUAUGUGAUAAAGACAA